AUCCGUGAUGCAUACGACAGAUUCUAGGACGUUCUACGACGUUCUACGACAUUGUUUGGUGCGCAAGAGAGAGAGAGAGAGAGAGAGGUGGUAUCGGUGGUAUGUUGUUAGUGUCAGCUAGAUAAUUUAGCAGGAGGUUUAACAUGUGUGGAAUUUAAUGUAGGUGACCUAAUCCGUGUGCCGAUCAUCUUCUCCGAAGAUUAGUACGAGACCGAUUGGCCUGUGUUCCUUUAGUAGCAUCGAGAUGAACAUGUUUGGUGCGGUUGUUUCUGGAAGAUUGGUUCAGAGUUUUGAGCAGGUUGGGGAAACUCAGUUUGUAACAACAAUCCAUGAUGCUGACAACAUCAACCAUAUUGCUGUAUUCAUGACUGGAACCAUUCCGUUUCCACAAGGCAUGGGAGCUUUAGUUUAUUUUAGUUGGCCUGAUCCAAAUGCUCCUCCAGUGUGGCAGCUGUUAGGUCAUUUAGCAGAGGAUAAACCAUCAACUAUCUUCAAAAUAAGCAACAUGAAGAAGGGAUCUAUUGGCAGCAAUGAUAUGGGACCUAACCUGAAUACAUUUGGCCAGCAGUCAUUCUCUCAUAAUGCUCAAAUUGGAAUAUCAAUAGAACCCAUAUUACAUGUUCAACAACAGUCAGCUUUGGUAACAAGCCAGACCACAAGCAAUUUUAUGCAGUUUUGUCAGAAGAUGUUGGAGAACUUCUUGAAUUAUGCUUCCAGUUUUGCGCAGAUGACACCAAAUCCAAAUGAAACAUUUGUUCCGCUGUCAGUCCUACAGUUAUGGUACAGUAACUUCGAAAGAAGGCUACAACAGAACCCAAAUUUUUGGCGUACUUGAAUGGUGCAAAAGAAUUAAUAUUCCACCAGCAUAUUGUGUUAAUUCUUUAAGUUAUGACAUCAGUAAUUAACAUCAGAUGUGGAAGUGGAAGAAUUACAGGUGACUAUAAUUAUAUAUCAUUUUCUUAAUUUUUCAUAAACUUGUGCAUGUUUUUGAAACUUCAUUUCCACCAUUGUACAUAAGUUUCAUAUCUUGAAAUGCAUUUGUAAAUACCUGCAUAAUGAACCAUGCUGACAUGGUUUUUUCCCUAAAUUAUAAGACUUUUUUUAUGAAAACUUCUAUUUGUAUAAUAUUAAGAAAGCAACACAUGAAAGCUUUAAAUGUUGAGGUCUGUUGUUCAUCCCUGUGUCGGUCUGAAAGGUGAGCAAGCAUUUGUCACUAUACUGGUGAUGGUAACAAGGUACAUGAAGCACAUCAUCUAUUUUCAUUGAUUCAUCAAUAUAUCGGUAUUGCUUGUAAUGUUCAGUAUAAUUUCAUUUUAUUAUUAAUAACUAAGAUACAUUUUCGCAUGAAUUUUCUUUUGAAGCGGUAUAUAUACCAUCUUUGCAUUGAUAAUUGCUGUAUGUCAGCCUAGUGGAUUCUGUUUGGAGGUCUCGUGACAUGUGAGCAUAUUCUAGGGAUUUGAGCUGAUUGAACUAUUCAUUUAAUUUUUGAAAUGUUAUUAACUGACAUUUUACUCCGAUAUAUGUCUGCAGACUUUAUGUUUCAGAUAAUGGAUUAAACAGCUUUCAUAUUAUUCAAGAAAACAUUCAUUGAUAGUGUUAGUUAUUUUUAUAUGUGUAUUUUAAUGAUAUGGAUAAUUGAAGAUGGUGGAAUACAACACUUUGUGUUAGAGUGUAUUGUUCUUUCAUUGUCAUCUGUCAUCCUGAUGGUUAACAGUGUUUGAACAUGAAUGAUUGCCUAUUUGAUAACGAUUUCGUAUGGAAACAUUACAAUUCACAGAGAUUUUAUAAUUUGCAAUACAGUGCAGCAUGUUCCAGAAAUAAGUACAGAAAAUUGGAGGUUGAGUACUGUGGCAUGAAGUUUAUAUAAGCAUAGUCCGUAUAUGCCGUAGUAAUGAAGUAGAGCCACUUGAAGGUGUUCUAGCAACAGUAGGAUUAGAACUGUAGAUACAAAAUUAACUAUGCUAGGGAUGCUUCUGAAGGAAAUUGAAGUUCACAGUGAUGUGAAUUACUGCGUGUCUUUUAUCACUACCAUCCUCCGCAUUAGCAACAGAACAUGAGGUCAUUUGACAGUGACAGUGAGUUGACCAUGUACAUCAUCAGGUAUUUAUUUCCAGUGAACUGGAUAUACAGUCAAAUGAUGUCUUUUCAAUGUCAGAGUUGCUUUGUAAGCCUCUGCUUAAAAUGGGUAAGUAUUCAUUCUGAGCACAUGUUGAUAUGCAUGUAAUUCUCAGCAGAGCAGUGGCGCAACAGCCAUAAGGUUGUACAAGACACGUAGUAAAGACAAGCAGCGGCACGCACGCAGGAAGACCACACAGAAUAACACCUGUACAGUGUGGAACAAGA